AUGUCGGACAGCGAGUCGGACCAAAAAACGGCUCAACUAGAGCCCGAGCUACGCGAGAUGAAGCUGGAAGCUGCGACCUUGGAUGGAGCAGGUGAGGGCAAGGGCACCAGUCAGGUGAAGGUGGAGGUAGACUCUCUGGACCGCGCGCACACGCCUCUCGCCAUACCUCCAAGGCUCAAGACGCGAUCCAAAUCCCAGUCGCCUAUGGCAAAACGCGAGUUCGAUACUCCAUCGCCCGGCAGCGCCCAUGAAGAGGUCCUAGGUGGAGAUAUCACCUUGAAGAUGGAACCCGGCAAGGCACCAAAGCUCUCACGCACCGCGUCCCAAAAGGUCGUCACACGCCCACCUCCGCUAUUCCUCGAUCUCCCCGACUCCACCGCCGCCGCGAAAGAAACCUUUGUAGUCCUCCCAGAAUGCACGUACGCGAACAAGACCAUCGGCACGACCGACCCUGCGCUCGAAUGCGACUGUCAAGAAGAAUACGACAUCACAACCAAGACCAAUCAUGCCUGUGGCGAAGACUCUGACUGCAUCAACCGCGCGACAAAGAUGGAGUGCCUGGGUGAUUGCGGCUGCGGUCGAAAAUGCCAGAACCAGCGCUUUCAACGGAAACAAUAUGCGGAUGUCGCGGUUAUAAAGACGGAGAAGAAGGGUUUUGGUCUUCGCGCCAACAAGGACAUGGCUCCAGGCGACUUUGUCUUCGAGUAUAUCGGCGAAGUCAUCGACGAGCGCACCUUCCGCCGCCGAAUGGGUCAAUACGACGAUGAGGGAAUCAAGCACUUCUACUUCAUGUCUCUUACCAAGGGCGAGUUUGUAGAUGCCACGAAAAAGGGUAACCUUGGUCGUUUCUGCAAUCACUCGUGCAAUCCUAAUUGUUUUGUUGACAAAUGGGUUAUUGGGGACAAGCUGCGCAUGGGCAUAUUCGUUGAGCGCAACGUCAAAGCAGGCGAGGAGCUUGUCUUCAACUACAACGUCGAUCGAUACGGCGCGGACCCGCAACCUUGCUAUUGUGGCGAGCCUAACUGCAGUGGUUUUAUCGGCGGAAAGACACAGUCCGACAACGCGACAAACCUUAGUAAUGAUACGAUCGCGGCUCUCGGAAUCGAGGAUGGUGCUGGUUGGGGUACAGCAGUCGCCAAGAAGCCCCGCAAGAAGAAGGCUAGCGAAGACGACGAAGAAUACAUCAGUGAUUUGCAGACACGCGAGCUUGAAGAAGACGCAGUCAACAAGGUCCUGACAGCUUUGCGCACCUGCGAAGAAAAGUGGAUUACUGUCAAGCUUCUCAGUCGUAUGCAGACCGACAAUGAGAGGGUUGGUCAUCGCAUCGUUCAAUUCCACGGCUAUAAAUUUCUCAAAACUACAUUGUCCAAAUGGAGGGAUGACUACAAUGUUGUUCUACAGGUGCUGGACAUACUACGCAGACUGCCGCGCAUUACUCGAAACAAGAUCCAAGAUUCCGGGAUCGAAGAGGAGGUAGACAAGCUGAAAAAUUGUGGGGAGGAACGAGUAGAAGAGGCCGCCAAAGAGCUGUUGUCAGCAUGGAGUAAGCUGGAAAUCGGCUACAGGAUACCACGGCUGAAGAGAGAUCCAAACGCAGGCACACCAGUCCGGACUGAGAACCAUUUCGAACGACGCGAGAGAGGCCGUGAACGCUCUAGGUCUAGGUCAAAAUCGCCGUCUACGAUUGCCCCUAAAGGCCCAUCCGCAGCAAACAUCCCGUCCGGCCCUCGUGUGUUAAAUGCGCCUCGCGGCCCAGCUGGCUUCUUCGUUCCUCCACGACCCAUCAUGCGACCAAGACCAUUCAACCCUCUUCCACAGGGUUGGUUCCAGGCCACAGCUGAGAAUGGUUCGACGUAUUUCUACAAUUCCUCUGGCAUCACACAGUGGCAACGGCCGACCCAGCCUGCAGAUGCCCCACCUCCUCCUCCGAACAAGGCCAGGAACGAGACUCAGUUGUUACAAGACAUUAUAGCGAGCAUCACAUCGAAUGGCACUCCUACCGGGCCGUCCGCAUCUUCUACCCCACAGCCGGUGCCCAACGAGGACACAGAAACAGCUUCCGGCAGUGAAAAGUGGCGUACUCUGUCGAUAGAGAAACAGGAAAAGGUGUAUGAAGCAACACUUUCACCACACGUCAUGGCCGUAGCGAAUCAUUACCGCAAGAAGCUCGAAAAGCAGGAGAUCAAAAGACUUAGUAAAGAGGUGGCACAGAAGCUUGUACGAGGCGACUACAAGUCCGGUCGUGUAAAAGAUCCGACGGCUAGGAUUAGUUCCAAUCACGAGAAGACUAUCAAAGAAGAGGUCAAGCGUUUCAUGGACAAGGCUGUCAAGAAGAAGCAAGAGCGACAGAAGAUGAAAACUGCGCAGAGUGGUUUGAAGUCUGACCUUGCCGAUGAGUCUCCCAGCACUCCACAAGGACCAGCCGGGGAUACGAAUGAUGCUUCUCCCACCGAUUCAACAUCAGACCUGAAACGUAAAAGAGAAGAAGAGGGACUAUCUGGCUCGCCAAAGAGAACCCGAACAAGCUCUGGGAACCAGCAAUCAGCGCCUCCACCUCCACCGCCACCCCCAGCAACCACCGACGUCGAAGAGACUAGCCUCACGCCCAUGGACGACGCCUCUACCAUGUCAUUCCCCGACUCUACGGAAAGAGGAAAUACGGGAAACAAGGUAGCGUUCCAACAAUUAGACGGUUACGGCAGCCCCAUGCAACUCGCGACGCCCCCCACAAACGGCUCUGGCGAGCAACAAGCGCACCCAGUGAACGGUGGCCAUCCCCGUUCAUAG